AGUACGACCUAUUUUCAGAUAACGGUUUCGACUUCCUGCUAUUCUGUCGUUGUUUGAGAGGAUUUUGAAGAAAAUUGUGGGAAAAUGUAGAAUCAGAGGGUGUAGUGUUGAGCCGGUGAGGAUGGCAGUUGAUGGUGCUGGAGUGAGACUUCAUUUCGUUAUCCCAUCAUCACCAUCAGCUUUAUAAUGAACUCCAUUACAGCAUUCCGUCAUAGCAUUAGCUUUACACUGCUUAAUAUAUCUUUUGUAACUUUGAUACAGAAUGGCCAGCAGUCUUCCACCUAUUGGUGUCUUCUGGGACAUUGAAAACUGCUGUGUUCCCAGAUGGAAAUCGGCUCUAUUUGUUGUCCAGGCCAUUCGAGAUUCGCUGUUUGCAGAUCACAGGGAGGUGGAGUUUAUGUGUGUAUGUGACACCAGUAAAGAAAGCAAAGACGUCAUUCAAGAACUUAAUUCUGCUCAGGUUAAUGUGGUCCACAUCAAUGCCACCAGUAAGAAUGCAGCUGAUGACAAAAUACGACAGAGUCUUAGAAGAUUCGCAGACACUCACUCUCCACCAGCCACUGUAGUGCUGAUAUCUACUGAUGUAAACUUUGCUGCUGAUUUGUCUGACCUGAGACACAGAAAGAAAUACAACGUAGUACUGAUACACAGUCACAAAGUGUCAGAAGCUCUGAAAAUCUGUGCUACAAAAAACAUUGUUUAUGAGGAACUGGUGAAAGAACUACCGAAGCGCCAAGCAGAAGCAGCUGAAGAGGGAGGGUUAGAGUUGGUAGUCACUGGUCUACCCCCAGGUGUGACUGAGAAGAGAAUCCAGAGUCGUCUGAAGAAGUUAUCUGUGAACUGUGGUGGACGAGUGGUCAGUGUGUCCAAAGAGACAGCUGUCUUACGAUUCUCAUGCCAUAACGAUGCAGCCAAAGCAAGGACUAGAAUGGAGGGUGAGGAUGUUUAUGGAAAUAAAAUUAAAGUGGGCUUCCCUCAGACCUCCAGAAGUAACUUUAACUCCAUCAGCAGUGACUCAAAUACCACACACACCUUAAAAAUUCCAUCUACAACUUUACAGACAGGCUCAAAAAAGUCAAAAAAUCACCAGAAAACGAAAUCAGAAGAAAAGAGAACUCAAAAUACGGAGAGAGACCCAAAAAAUAAAUCCGAGUCAAAGGAACUGACAACUUCUGACAAUAAGGGUGUCUCAACGACCAGGAUACAGAGUGUGGUGGACAAGUUCUCGAAGGACAACAAAGGCAGCCGUCACGUUCUGAUGUUACAACAGCAGCUGUAUCAGGAAGGACAAUGGCAGUCUGAGGAACACCACACUCCUCCCCAGCCAUAUUAUUCCCACUAUAAUUAUUACCAUGGUUAUCAGAAUCGACCAAACUAUUCCCAUCAUCCCUCGGAUUACAAUGAUUACCAUGGUUACAAUGCCUCAAACAGUUUCUAUCACUAUGGUUCUCAGCACAAUCGCAGCUUCACCUCGUACAGUUCAUACCGCAGCCUGUAUGAAUCCAACUCCCAAAAUUAUCGCAGAAACCAUCAAAAUGGCUACCCAAGUGACUCCUGUAUACAGCAAUUUUAUGAUCCAAGAAAUGAAGAAAAUUACGUUGAGUUUGAGAGAGACUCCUGUGAUGGAUACACAUUUCAGCCGAUCUUAAACCCCUCCCCCUGCCCCAGUUCAGCCAGCAGUUCAUCGGUCGAGAUUGAGAUGGGGGACUGGGACUCGUUGACUGGUCCUGUGGAACUAAUGGUGUCAAACCUGGAUUACAACAUCAGCGCCAAGGAAUGGAGGAAGAUUCUGUUUACAACAUUCCAUCCUCACGUCAGGGUUUUAAAUGUGCAUGUGAAGACCCAGCCGGACAACACCAGUUUAGGAAUGGUGAAGGUUCCCAGCAUAGAGGAAGCCAGGUUUGCUAUAUCACAGUUCCAUCGCAAAAAGAUCGGUUACAAACGUAUCCACGUCACAUUGAAGAAUGAGGAAACGCAGCGCCCAGCUUCCAGCACAAGAAUGGAAGCUGUAGCCCUUCUCUCUGAGGCUAAAGGAAAUGUUUUGCCAUUGUUCAAAUUCAUUGAACUAUUUGAUAAAAGGUACCACCGGACCAUCAGUGUUUCGGAGCUGUACAAAAUGAGGGAUACAAUUGAGAUUAAGGAGCAGGGAGGGGCCGGGAGGAUGGUGUACCUAGCAAACUCUCCCCCACCACUGUCAUCGACUCCUUCCUCCGAGCCGGGGGAAGGGGACAGGACAGAGAUCCUGGAACAGCCAGCCUGCCCCAAGCACUGUCCGGAGGGCUCCGUGGCCUAUGCCGAGGCUGUCAACCGAUGCAUGUUGCCGCUCGUUAAAGUACGCCUGAAAACAUUCGCUGCAGAUGUUCAUACUUUGUUGCUCAGUCAUGAAGGAAACAUGCCACUUAUGAGUUUCCCUGCCUGCUAUGGAUCUGAAUUUUCCCCUAUUCCGGAUGCCGUGGAGGGAGGAGUGUCUCUAGAACACCUGAUUAGUUGUGUUCCAGGUAUCCAGAUACAGGUGUCCAGCUCAGGUGUAAAAAAGAUACAGUGGGCGGAGAAUAAACCUCCCUCUGUGAUGGCAGAGCAAAACCGAACCAGCACCAGUCCUCUCCUGAGUCAGCAGCUGAGCCAGAUCAGCCGGGAAAUGGUGGACCUGCUGAAGCAAUCUCCACAAUGUCGCAUGCCCUUCAGCAAGUUCAUUCCUUCCUAUCACCACUUCUUUGGCAGGCAGUGUCGUGUGGCAGACUAUGGCUACAACAGGCUCAAGGAUCUGUUUGAAGCCAUUCCCCAUGUUGUACAGAUCCUUGGGACAGGGGAUAGGAAGAUGCUGACUCUGAGUCACAAGGCCCAAGUACGUCGGUUUACUUCAGAACUGGGCAAAAUCCUCAAGUCACAGGCCGGCAAACAGCUCUCUGUUUCUGCUGUCCCGGAGGCUUUCGCUGUGGCAUUCAAUAAGCCAUUUGAUGUGGCAGAGUAUGGAAUGGCCUAUCUGGAUGAUCUGUUAUCAGAGCUACCAGCUACAUCCAUUGUGGUUUCUAAUGAAGGAAGAGAUUGCAUUGUCACACUCCCAAGAAAAGACCAGAGCCCCGAGGAAAUGGAGAGAACCAAGCAAUUUGCGCUGGAGGUGGUGGACCUUCUGAAACACAACCCACAGUGUAGGAUGCCAUUCAACAAGUUCAUUCCCGCCUAUCAUCAUCACUUUGGAAGGCAGUGUCGAGUUUCUGACUAUGGCUUCAGUAAACUACUGGAUCUGUUUGAGGCUAUUCCUCAUGUGGUGGACAUCGAGGAAGAGGGUGAGGAGAGGUUAAUCCACCUGACGGAACCGGAGCUACGUAAGAUUUUGGCUGAACAGAUUGUGGGGCUCAUAAAGAUGCAGAAGAACGAGUGUGUCGCUCUCCAUCAUCUCAUGUCUGCCUUCACGUGUCACUACGGAUUUAACAUCCCGCUACAAGACUUCGGAGUAGGCUGUGAAGAAGAGCUCCUCAACAGAUUGAAGCAUGUAGUGAAGGUGGAGAUGGUGAAUCGUUGUAAAUAUGUAAUGUUGGCUGAUCGCAGUAGCAUUCCACCUCUGGCGAGGCAGGUUCUACAGCUCCUGAUGGACCAGAGUGGAGGAAGCUUGCCCCUGAUGGAGUUGUGUAGUCGCUAUCUGUCCACUCAUGGAACAGAGUGUGACAUCAAGAAGAUCAAAGAGGAGCUCCUAGACUAUGUGCAGGUGACUGGAGAUGAUGAAUCUGGAGUCAUCAGUUUAACUGCUCUGCAGGCCUUUGCCAGAGACACUCGAAUCCUUCUUCACAAGCACACACAAAUAUGGGUGUCUCACUUCGACUCUGCGUUCAAGGAGAAUUUUGGGAUCGAGAUCAAGCCUGCCCUGUAUGGUUAUCCCACUACGGAGGCACUACUUCAGGCGAUACCACACAUCGUUGCCUUCGGGGGGAAGGGCCAGAGGAAGUAUCUGCAGCUAGCAGAGGAAUUUUCAGGAAGUGGGUCAUCUCUCUCCAGCAUGGUUCGACUGUCACCAUCGUCGGAUUCAGAUACACAGUCUAGUGAUUCGGGAGUUACAGACACGCAUCCUGAAGUCGACGACAUUAUGAAGCAUACUGCACGACCCUCGGUAGAUCUACUAGGAGCACCUGUUCCCUCAGCCAUUCCUUCCCCAGACCUCCACCCUAUUGCCAAACAAUUAGAUCUCAUGAAGUUCGAGUCUGUUGCAGAUAUCACAGAAAAGAUAUGGAGUCUUAGCGAGGAAGAGAAGAGGGGGCAGAAAUCUCCUCUCUGCAGAACUCCAACAUCAGAGCUGCUGCAGUUAGCUGCCCAGUGUCUUAUCUCCAGACCGCCCUCCACAGAACCUGGCUCCAAAGAAGAGAAAAAGACGGCCAGUCAGGAACUCUUCGAACUCAUUAAGGGGAGUGGAUGGUGGAAAAUGAGCAAGAAUGAGAUAGAUGAGUUCAAGAAGAACUUGACAGAUGAAAGGAAAGUGGCCUGUGAAUCAUCAAGUCAGAAGUCUGACAAGCCCAGAAACGAGAAUAUUGAGAGAUGUGUGAAGGGGGUCAGGUACCAAUCCUCAGGUCUACAGGAACUGGCAGCUAAACAGAUUCUACAAACUCUUAAUCUGCCAUCCCAAACCCACAAGAGAAUGCUACCUCUGGCAUCUGAAGAAGUAUCUUAUGAUGCCAUGUUUCGACAAGAGUUGCCUUUGGAAACCAGCUCAAUGAAGUCGGAUUCCAGCACACUGAGUGACAAGUCGGAGUCUCCACGUAAAUCUCCCCGCAAGCCACGAAUUGCAGCCAAGUUUACGGUCCCUAUUGAUUUAGGGUCCCAGUGAGUCUGUUAGAAUUGUGUAUCUCGUACACAUUGGAUAACUGCAUUGCAAAUUUACUUGCAUGUUUUGCAUCUUAUUUUGUGAUCCCAAAAAUAUGGAAGUUGUUACCGUGUAUUUUUUUCUAACAAUUUUUCAGUUAAGUAACUGAUAUGAAAAUUUGAAGGUCUAGAUUGUGUGUUGCUAAUGUACAUGUAUGUAAAUGAAUGUGACAAUUACAAUUAUUGUAUUGUAACAACCAAUUUGCGAAUUAUUACUUUUGAAGUUAUACCAAGUGAAUUAAUUUUGUGAUAAAGCUUGACAAUAUAUUGAGAGACCUCUAAUGUAAUGUUAGAGUGUCAUUUAGGAUAAAUUUAAAAAGAGCUCAGUGGGAGAAAAUUCGUUUUUCAGUACUCUGAAUUUAACAUUUGUAGAAAUGAAGAUCUUUUUGGACUACUCUGAAUUGGUUACUGAUGAGAAAGAUAACUUUUGGCUACUAUAGCCAUAUAAAGAGAACCGGAUUUUUUCCCACUGAUUAUAGAACCAGACUGACACAGGUUAAUAUCCUGUAGUCUGGUGCAAAGGAUGGUUUGUUAGUCUGUAAUGGAGGAUCGAUUUGUGUCUUAUUUUCGAUGUGAAGGUUUGUUGAAACCUUGUUUGACUUGAUUUACAGUUCUGUUUUCCAUCGGUACUCAAAACUUAAAAGAAAGAACUACUAUGUAUUACAUGUGUAUGAAUUUGCUGUUUUGUGCAUGUGUAAUUGCACAUUUGUAAUAUGCACACUGCAGAAAUUGCUUUGUCAUGUAGCUGAGAUGUUCUCUGUAGGAAGGGCUGUGUCAAAAAUAACAACCAGAAAUUUUAUACUGGAUAAAGUAUAUUGGAAAUAAGAAAUCGAGUACAUGUGAUAUGUAUAAUGUUCCACAUUUUACGUAUCCGAUUAUGUCUGCUAUCCUGUAUAUUUCAGGAUAUGAGGAGAUGUAUUUGGUUUAUUGUCACUACAGGCUCAACAGCAUGUUGAUGCCAGGAACAUAUGUCAGGUAUUGCGUAACUGUCCUGUUGAUACUUUUGGACACAGACUCUGUACUUCACUGUAUGAAAAAUAAAUACGUGCACUUUC